GAGUCUCAUUAGGUACUGACUCCUCCGAUCCGCGCGUCCCGGCUCACCCUCCGCAGGCUGACAGUCAGGCCUGCUCCCCAGCAGCAUGUCUGUGGCCGGGACCUUCCAGAAGCCAGGGUGGAAGCCAGAAGACCAGAAGCGAGUUUCUCUCCCUAAUCACAUUUUGUUGAGGCUCCUGGGAAGAUCCGCCCUCGUCCCCCAUCGCACGGGAGCCCACCCUGGGUGCUGGGUCCCGGGUGCCGGCUCGGGCCGCCUGGGAGUCAAGCACUUGCUGCAGAUAGUCCUCCCGCCGCCCGGCCGCCCGGCAGGCACCGCCCUCCGCCAGCCAGGCUACCCUGCCGCCGCCCUCACCCGGGCCUCCUCUCCUCCCAGGCCCUGAGUCCUGGUAAUCGUGGGCUGGGCUGAAAUGCAAACCCCGGCUUGGAGGCUUCCAGAAGCCUCGGGAGGAGGAGACUCCGGUGAAAAUGUGGAUGGGAACAUGCGCUACCCGCUCCCUUCAGCUGUGAGUCUCCAGUACCCCCCUUCCCUCCCAACAAAGCUUUUCUGUCAGGUUUCUGACUCUGAUGAAGACUUUUAGCCGCAGCCCUUCUCCCCGCCCCCCCCAAUUCUGAAGGAUCUUUUGUCUUCUGAGCGAAAGAACUGAGGGAUUCGAAAGGCGGCCUUCUUUCUUUUCCCCCUUGUAAGUAAUGGGGGAAGAAUUUUUAAAAGAAAAAAUCUGAAGGAUAAAAGACAGGAAAAAACAAUAUGCAGCUAUUUUCUUUCUCAAAAAUUUAUUUUAAUGGAAAACAAGAGAAAGACCUUGAGGAAAAGACAGAAGAAGGCUGGGAGAAAUGCAGAAGCAGGAGGGGGGCCGGAGGCAUGUGACCCGGCACUUAGGAGGACCAUCACUAGGAGCACUCGGAGGCUCAUCGCAGGGAGCACGCGGGGCCCAUCACUGGGAGCACUCGGGAGCCCGUCACUGGGAGCACUCGGGAGCCCGUCACUGGGAGCAUUCGGGAGCCCGUCACUGGGAGGACUCGGGAGCCCGUCACUGGGAGCAUUCGGGAGCCCGUCACUGGGAGGACUCGAGAGCCUGUCCUGGGAGGACUCAGGAGCCCGUCACUGGGAGGACUCGAGAGCCCGUCACUGGGAGGACUCGAGAGCCCGUCACUGGGAGCACUCGGGAGCCCGUCACUGGUAGCACUCGGGAGCCCGUCACUGGGAGCACUCGGGAGCCCGUCACUGGGAGCACUCGAGAGCCCGUCACUGGGAGGACUCGGGAGCCCGUCACUGGGAGGACUCGGGAGCCCGUCACUGGGAGCAUUCGGGAGCCCGUCACUGGGAGGACUCGAGAGCCUGUCCUGGGAGGACUCAGGAGCCCGUCACUGGGAGGACUCGAGAGCCCGUCACUGGGAGGACUCGAGAGCCCGUCACUGGGAGCACUCGGGAGCCCGUCACUGGUAGCACUCGGGAGCCCGUCACUGGGAGGACUCGGGAGCCCGUCACUGGGAGCACUCAGGAGCCCGUCACUGGGAGGACUCGGGAGCCCGUCACUGGGAGCACUCGGGAGCCCAUCACUGGGAGCACUCGGGGGAGCCCAUCACUGGGAACACACGGGAUCCUGUCAUUGGGAGCACAUGGGAGGCCAUCACAGGGAGCAUUUGGGGUCUCAUCACUGGGAGCACUCGGGGGCCCAUCACUGGGAACACAUGGGAUCCUGUCACUGGGAGCACAUGGGAGGCCAUAACAGGGAGCACUCGGGGACCCAUCACUGGAAGGACUUGGGUGCCCAUCACUAGGAGGACCCAGGACACCCGUCACUGGGAGGACUCGGGUGCCCAUCAACAGGGCUGCAUAUCUACUGAACAGUUUCUCCCAAUUAGAGAGAAAAGGAACUGGAAGCCCCCGCCGAGGCCGUAGGAAGAGCGCUCCCCUCCGUGCAGCACCUGGCGGUGCCUGGCAUUCAGUAAAUGCUCAAUAAGGGCAGGGAUGAGCAAAGCAGGCUGUCACGGGCUACAGGUGCUGUUUUUCGUUUCCCCCGGGGACCAGAUGAAAGGCUGGCUGGGGACGGAGAGACAAGAGGCACAGGGCUCAGGCCUGUCUCCCGGGGUGCAGGUGUGCGAGGCCCCCAGAGGUCACACGGUGCCGACCUCUUCUCGUCCUACCCGUGCCCUUCCCUGGGCCAAUGAGAAGGCGGGUGUGAUCAUCACCACCUCGACCCGGCGCCCGUGUCCCAGCGUUCAAGGGAAUUACUUGGCGGCAGUAGUGGGUGUUGCCCACGGGGAGCCCCCCUCCCGCGCCCCCGGGGGUGGACUGCACCUGCACACUUCACCUGGGGCUCCCGCGGCUCUCCACAGCCCGCUCCACCGACGAUACCAGGUGGCCUAGGACCGCGGCUCGCAUCUUCGGAGCUGCUCACUGCCCGGCUGCCCGCCCGUGUGCAGGUUCUGUCCAGUCUCAACGGACCGGAUUUACCCCGUGAAAGAUUCGGGGCCACAUACACAGCCGUUUAGUCCAGGAUGCGCAUGGUACGUUUCGAGGAGAAAGUCGGCAGUGGGCAGUGGGCAGUGGGCGAGGCGGGGCCGGAAAGAGAAGCAAGACGGGAGCAACAACUCGAGCUCGGGUCCGGUUAGUCCGCUCGGUGCUCGCCAGGAGCUUCCGAGCAGCAAGUGCAACAAGGGCGAAGCCAAAAAUCAGUGACGCAACGUAUCGUAGCCGCGAAAUAAAAACCAGCUGGCGGCUUGGGAAGAGCACGGCCACGGCACGUUCUCCGCAGAUGCUCAGCAAGGACGCGUGGUGUGCUGAGCCACAUCCACAACAUCUGCCCCCCCGAGUUUCAAGGCUCAGGGGAAGCAAUUCCUGGGGGGGCCCGGAGCCUGUCAGCCCCCGCCAGCCGCUCUCUGAGGCUCUGGCUCAGUCUGGGGAUAAACCCAGAGUAUCUGCAGGCGAGGACAGCAGGGGGGCGUCACGGCGGAGGGAGAGCGCCCCAUGGGAGGCCGGACUCCUGCCCCAGCACGGCCACUGCUCCCACGGCCACCGGUUCUUCCCGGGAGGCACCUGCAGGGAAGGAGCCAGAAGCCAAGACUGUGGGCCGCCAGCUAUGCCGACGUCUGCGGCGGGGGGGGCUGCUUGAGUGGAACCCCCAAAAUACAAAAGUACUUGGGCAUUUAAAAUAAAUCUCGGGGAUCCCUGGGUGGCGCAGCGGUUUGGCGCCUGCCUUUGGCCCAGGGCGCGAU